GGGGGAGGUACUCAUGUUCCUGAGACAGUUUCAUUCAAUUGUUUGUACUUUCCACUGUGUAGAAAGAGUCGAUUUAAGUAAUUACAGAAGUACAGCUAUUCCUGGAUCCUCACAAUGACAUAUGUUUACUUUCUUGGGUUCUUUAUACUAUGCCUUAAAAUGGAUACGUCUUUACAACAGGAAGAGAUAAUAUGUACAGCACCCGAGAUUGAAAAUGGUGAAGUGCUUGAAGAAAUCCAAGAGUACAAAGAACAUCAAGUCCUGGAGUUUCAGUGUGAUCCCUCAUUUACACCUGCUGAUGCCAGAUCUCCAAAAUGCACAAAGCAUGGAGUAAGAGCAGAAUGGAGCCCCACACCUCUGUGUGAACCAAUAACAUGUAAACUGCCAGGGCUGAAAGGAACCAGCUAUGAACCUGCUUAUAGAAACACGUUUCUAGCUGGUGAACAAGUGACAGUAAAUUGUGGAAACAACCACUGGAUUUUUAGUCAUCAACAGGUCUCAGUAGUAACUACAUGCAAAGAGGACGGAGAGUGGACUAUCACACCUGAAUGCCAAGAGGUUACGUGCAGCAAACGAGGAGUCCCACAUGUGUCUUGGGACAGUCGUUGGCAGCUAACAUUGAAAUCGGGUGAGAUGACACGUUAUGGGUGCGCGAGAGGCUACAGGAGGAAAGAUGACAGGAACGACAUGGCCACAUGCACCCGAGAUGGAUGGCACCCAAAUCCACUUUGUCAAGCUUUGAGCUGCGAACUCCCGCCUGCAGAUGGAGGGUUCAUUGUAAAAGGUAUUCCAGAAAAUGAUGACUCCAUACUUCCUGACCGCUUCCUCGAAUUCAGCUGUGACGGUCCUUGGAAAUAUCUGAAUGGCAGCUCAAGGCUGAUAUGUCUUAAAGAUGGACAGUGGGACAAUGCAUUCCCAACUUGUGAAGCUCUUUCGGGUUGUGGAAGACCAACACCCCUUGAAGAUGGAGACAUUGAGGGAACUGUUGGACACAGGAACAGGCACGGAGACAGGGUUAAAUACAUCUGUCCGAAUUACUACAAAAUGCAGGGUGAUCCUCACAAAACCUGCACCAAUGGUGAAUGGAUUGGACAGAUGAGAUGCCUCAAACCCUGCACUGUGAAUAGCCAAGACAUGACUACACAUCAUAUUGACUUCAGACAUGUUCAACAGAAUAAAUUGUAUUCAAAACCUGAUGAUACAAUCGAGUUCAGGUGUACCAGUGGAAGACACGACGGCGCAGUGGACAUGCGUCAGAAAUGUAAUGAUGGUGUGAUCCUCCUUCCUACUUGCCACUAAAGCUUUUUAGGCAACUGGAUGUGAUGACCAUGAACUAGCUGGACAAACAUGUACAUGAUUAACCAAAGUAAAGAGUUAGACCAGUUCUUUCCUAAUCAAGUGUGUGUAACCCAGUGCUCUGUGUGGUCAUUCUAAUAAAACAAAUAUGUUGACUUGG